AUGAAUGUACCAGCUACAAGAAAGGACUUUAUGAUAGUCAAUAUGGGUCCCCACCACCCAUCAAUGCAUGGCGUUCUUCGACUCAUCCUUAGUCUAGACGGUGAAGAUGUUAUUGACUGCGAACCAAUAUUAGGUUAUUUACACAGAGGGAUGGAAAAAAUUGCGGAAAACCGAACAAUUAUACAAUAUUUGCCUUAUGUAACACGUUGGGAUUAUUUAGCUACUAUGUUUACAGAAGCGAUAACAAUAAAUGGACCGGAACAGUUGGGAAAUAUUCAAGUACCUAAAAGAGCUAGCUAUAUCAGAGUAAUUAUGUUGGAGUUGAGUCGUAUAGCUUCUCAUCUCUUAUGGCUUGGCCCUUUUAUGGCAGAUAUUGGUGGGCAGACCCCUUUCUUCUAUAUUUUUAGAGAAAGAGAGUUAAUAUAUGAUUUAUUCGAAGCUGCCACUGGUAUGAGAAUGAUGCAUAAUUAUUUUCGUAUCGGAGGAGUAGCAGCUGAUCUACCUCAUGGCUGGCUAGAUAAAUGUUUGGAUUUCUGCGAUUAUUUUUUAACAGGAGUUGCUGAAUAUCAAAAACUUAUUACGCGAAAUCCUAUUUUUUUAGAACGCGUUGAAGGAAUAGGUAUUGUUAGUGCAGAGGAAGCAAUAAAUUGGGGUUUAUCAGGACCAAUGCUACGAGCUUCCGGAGUACGAUGGGAUCUUCGUAAAGUUGAUCAUUAUGAGUGUUAUGACGAAUUUGAUUGGGGAGUCCAGUGGCAAAAAGAAGGGGAUUCGUUAGCUCGUUAUUUAGUCCGAAUUGGUGAAAUGACGGAAUCCGUAAAAAUUAUUCAACAGGCUUUGGAAGGGAUUCCAGGGGGGCCUUAUGAAAAUUUAGAAACUCGAAGUUUUGAUAGAGAAAGGAAUCGAGAAUGGAAUGAUUUUGAAUAUCGAUUUAUUAGUAAAAAAACUUCUCCCGCCUUUGAAUUGCCGAAACAAGAACUUUAUGUUCGAGUUGAAGCACCAAAGGGAGAGUUGGGAAUUUUUCUAAUAGGGGAUCAAAGUAGUUUUCCUUGGAGAUGGAAAAUUCGCCCCCCGGGUUUUAUCAAUUUGCAAAUUCUUCCUCAAUUAAUUAAAAGAAUGAAAUUGGCUGAUAUUAUGACAAUACUAGGUAGCAUAGAUAUUAUUAUGGGGGAAGUUGAUCGUUGA